AAAAAAGGGCGGUGGAAAACCAACCCAGGAACACCAGUUCUUGUCCUUCAGUUUUUCAGACUUUGGGUCUGUGGCAGAGCAGAGACACAGAAGCAUUAGUCUGCAACUAUUCUAUUAUAGUAACAGCUGGAUCGAGCCGUACAGAAGACUCUACGGAAGAAAAUAUUCACCACUGGUUGAAUUCUUGUGUUUUUUUCCUUGUCAGUACCAGAAAUGGUACAGAUGACUGUGCAAAGCUACAGGAGUUCCCUGCAAGAGUUUUCAGAAAGUCCUGUUAUGUCAAGAUGCAACAGCCUCAACUCUUCCCAUUCUCUCACCACUGUACCCCAGAGUGUAACUGAAUGGCUCACCAUCGGGGAAAAGGAUCCAACUGAGAUUCUUCUUGAUUUGGGGUUUGGUACAGAAGAACCUGAUGUCUGCACUAAAAUCCCUCCUCGGUUCCUUAGUGGUGCUUCUGUAGCAAAAGGGAUCAACAUCCGAGUUUUUCUGGAGGCUCAGAAGCAGCGGAUGGACAUUGAGAGGCCAAAUCUAUAUGGGCAUUUUCGACAACUAGAAGUGCUUAAUCACGUGACGAGUGCCUUCUCGUCAUUGCUGACUGACGUGAACACCCAACAGAGCAAAGUACAGGACACUAGCGGAGAUGAGACUGGCCUGUUGGAUACUGAGAAGAGCAGACCUGUGGUUACACGAGCAAAGAAGAGAAUAGGUCAGCUCUUGAAAAGGGCUUCUAGGCAGACAGCACUGCUGAAACAAAGCUCGCUGGCAUCUGGCAAAGCCAACUCAUCCAGCUGGAAAGGACAACCCCACUCCUGUGCUGAUAUUGCCGAGAAUGGAACAAUCCAAACAGGCUUUUCUGAAAGUGUUGCGGUGGCUUGUCUGACCCCAGAGCAAAUCUCCAGAGACAAAGCUGCGUUCACAAUAUCCCAGUGUCCACAGACUCCAUCGGGGAAAGCUUGGGCUUCAUCACACUUACUUCCAAAACAGCCCCAUCUUUCUUCUACGUGUGAGGUGCCUGCCAAAGACAGGCCAAGAAAGGAGUUGCAUUUGCUUUUGGCCCCCACACUCAAAAAAUUGGCCAGCCAAAACUACAAGCCACCAGACUCAUUUGAAUUGGAAGAGAUUCAGAGCUUGGAGGAUGAAACUCUAUGUAGAAAUGCUCCUGACAGCGUAUCAGAGGUGAUGGUGACAAGGACAAACAGCUGCCAGUCAGACAGCAGUGGGUUUAUGGAGGAGCUGCCAGAACCUGUAGUUUUGCAAAAUGCAUCUUUGUCAGGAAAGAUAAAUCUUAGCUCUGAUACCCACAGCCACCGAACAGCUGUGUCAUAUAGGACAGAGCUUCCUAUGUUAAAUCAGGAUUUUCAACAAAAGCCAGAAGAUUGUGUUGCUAAGGCCUUCAUGACAGAUUGCAAGAGGAUUUUGACAGUAUCUAGACCAAUGAGAGUGUGCAGUGACCAGGGAGAAGAAACUUGUCUUCUGCUAACUGCAGAAGAUUGCCAGCAUCAGGCCUGUAAUGCUGGGCCAUGGAAUUUUGUCCAAGAAACGUUAUGUGAUGUGGACAAGAGAGAAGAGAAAAGUGGAAGAAAGCAACCAGAAAAAGAGGAGUGCAUGAAAGAGUAUACUCCUUGUUUUCAGAAUGAUAACCAGGAUGAAGGAAAUCCUGUCUCCUCAAAAUUUGAUUGUCAAUUAUGUUUCAGUUCAGGACAUAAAAAUGCGAAUGUGACCUUCACUGAACGAAAUGACACUAACCCUGAGACUGCCAGUAAGAGCAAAAUCAGAAUUGAAGAAGAAAGUGAGAGGUGCCUGACAGAAAAGGACGUUGGAAUUGCAUGUCAUGAAAAUGUCCAGGGAGGUCGCACAGAACAUGUAAAAGGAGAGUGGUGGGGAAUGGAAGCGGUCAGUGAAGAUGGUACCCUUCUUGCAGUGAGUGAGGUGACAAAUGAGCAGAAGUUCCGCAAAAUGGAUGUUGAUCCAACAAAUACAGGGUCCUCUUUUGAAAGAGGGCUCCCAGAAGCUCUGUGGCAGGGCCCAGCAGUGUACAGUGAAAGCAGUGCUAUUUCAAGCAGUUCUCCUCAAAUACCUUGGAGCCCUCUCUCCUUACUAGCAGAAGGGCCUGGGUUAAGUUCUUCUGAAGAUAAAGAGACUUGUAGUAUAAGGGAGAUAUUAUGUGCUAACAAAUCAGUAAAGGAAAGCACUAUCCAAAACAGUGAAAUGAAUGCUAGUCCUCUGAAAUCUGUUACUGUCCAGAUGUCUUCAAGGCUGGAUUUUACUUUGAAGAUGAAGUGUGCAGGGCAAAAUGCUCCUCUCAGUGAGAGCCCUGCUAGGGACCACCCUGUGGACUUCUCCGAGGUGUUAGCACACUGCUCCGAGGGUGGUCAGCUCAGCCAGUGGGGCCCUGGGGCUUCAAAGGACGGCCUGAAGCAGACCACCGAAGCCUCCAGUCAGACUGACAUCCCUGCCAGGAAAACCAGGCAGUUACCCCUGCUUCCUCCACCCCAUCAUCACCUCAUAAAAUCAGCCUCUCUUGACACUGUGCUUUGUGGCAAAUAUGGGUCGCACUACAAGGGUGAAGCAUCUGGCACCUGGGGUGCUCAGGGCUGUCACUGCUGUCUCUGCUGCCACUGCUGCUGCUGCCACUGCUGCUGCCUGAGGACCUUCCCCGUAGCCAUUUCUCCCCAGCACCCCGUGGGCUGCUGUUCAAACCAUGCUGCCAUGGAGCUGCAGCUUUGGAAAACACUGACACUCCUACAGGAAACUGCAAUGAGAAAUCUCUCUCUGUGUACCAUCCAUGAAAUAGAAGUGAUGAAGAGCUCCUGCCAGCAGUUCCGGGAGAAGCUGGAUGAGAUUGAACAGUACCUGACCGAACAGCAGGCUCUGUUUUCCAGUGCUCUGCCAGACGAAGGAAGAGAGGAAAGGAGACACCUGCAACUCUUAAGGCAAGCUGUUCGUCAGGAGGUUGCAGAGCUGGAAUUUCGGCUGAAUGAUAGGGCUUGCCAGGUUAAGGAAGGCAUUCUCACGCAGCUGGACCAAUUACUAGUAGAACAAUCCCAUCUGUUUUCAGAGCUCGGACUCUCUGAUUGGAAGGAAGAAAGAAAUGCCCAGAAUAAACAAGCGUUUCCAGAUGCUGCUGACGCUGUGCAUCCUAGAAGUGGGUGCUCAGAAAUGGUACUCCAAAGAGCUCCUAUCAGAAGCACAAAACCAGCAGGGUCUCUCUCCACUUUGCAGACAGGGACACCCAUAAUGCAAUUUCCUACCAGGACAACACUUGAGCCAAAUUCAGCCGUGUCUGACCCACAGGAACUCUCUGCCAGUAUAAAGGAAAUAAAAGGACCUCCGCAGCCAAAAAUGGACUUUAAGAUGUUUAUACACAAUUUGAAGAAAUCAUUCCAAAAUCCUUUACGUAAUGACUCAGCAGAAGGAAGAGACUGAUGGUAGACAGACUGAUGGAUUUUGUUUUUAAUAGCUGUGGCUUUUUCCUGCAAUAUCGGAACAAAUGAACCAAACAUUGCAUUAUAGAAUGUUCUGAUCACAAUAAUAUAAUUUGCAAUGAGGUAACUGCCCAGAAAAGCAGGCAUUUUUAAAAGAUGUUCCAAAGAGAGGAACUAUGUAUUUUGCUAAUGAGAGAUUACAGAACUUAUUAUGCUCCUCUUGGCCAUCACAAUGGUUCUUCACAAUGUCAUUUAAAAGAAAAGCAGGGAGGGCUUAUAUUUAUGAAGAAACUUAUGCACUUGCACUCAGUGUAGGAAAUAUCUCUAGAAGGUAUUAUCCUCAUAGCCACUUACCUUAGCACAGAUCUUCAACCAAUAUGAAUUGUCAAGCCCAGACUGUCUUGUAUGGUUCUAGACACUUCAGCUUUUAGCUGACUACUGAAACCUAAUGUGCCUCUGACUAAUUUUAUGAUGCCCGUAUCUGUUGUCAGUAUCAAAUCAGAAGCUCACUGACAGUGUAUGAAAUGUCAACAUACAUACCCUAUGUUUAGUUAAACACUGAACUAUGACUGUGGAUAGUCUCCUUUUCCUCUUCAUUUCCAUAUUUACUUCAUGUAAAUCCAAUGAAAAAACAAACGAAACUAGAAUAGCAAAAUUUCCUACGUUAGAAACCUUGAACCUGAAUCCUGGCUCAGUUUCCUGGGGAGUGCACAGAUCCUGGAUUCAUGCAGAAAAAGAGCUGAGAAAAUACUUCUCCGAUUUGGAUUACAGCAAAGAAAUUCAACUAGUUCGUUUUCAAAGCAGUGUACUUCGUACUACUGCUUUUAGCUUAGCACUUCCCAGACUGUGAGAUGUCCUACUGGCUUGCUUGUUUAAUGCUCUGGAGGGAACUUAGGUGUCAUUUAGGCUUUGUUGCUGCAAGUCACAGCUGUGUGAAGGUGCAAAUAGAAGCAGCAUUUGCACAUGCAAGGAGAAAAUGGAGUCAAAUACGCAGAGCAGCCCUGAGGCUCCCUGCACCUAGAGGUUUCCACAGAUGUUCAGGGUGAUAAAAUGAGUGGGAGGAGAAGGGAAAAACAGGAACUGACAAGAUCCUCAACACCCUACUGGGCCAUGAAUUUCACUGGGUGAAAUUUGCCCCUUCCUUGAGAGCCCUCAUGGAAUUUGUACACCACUUCCACACUACUAAUUGUUAAAGUGUUUAUACUUCAAGAUUUGUGGUUGACUCCUUUGAAGCUACUGAGAUUAAUCCUGACAGUAUCUCUAGGCAGAAUAGAAACAGGACUAAAAUGUCCCUUACGUAACUUUUUGGUGGAACCAACAAUAAAUUUGGCUUAUUAUUUUCUCUCUCCACAGUCUUAUGAGCAAAUAAAAGCAUCACUACAGAGUGACUGAAGGUGCACUUGCAGAUAUUGUACCUCAGUUUAUAGAGGAAAACAGAUAAAGACCAUGGUGAAGGAUAUAGAGUGAUGCUGGUGCAGAAGACCUGGAAGAAAGGACUGUUAAGAUGGUUCCUUACCUCACCUGCACAAAGGCUGUGAUUCCUCCCAUUAAAAAAAACUAUAUUUUUUAACUGUCACUGCAACAGGCUAGAUAAAAUCUUUGUAUGUAUGUGAUGCUAAAAACCACUGUGUGCCUGUAUAUGUCCAUGCAUACAGAUGGCAGUAGUGGCAGGUGGCAGUUAUUCUUGAUUAGGAAGACCACGUGAGCUCUGUGGCACCAUUUGAUUUCUACCAUUUAUAUUCUCAGCCAGGACUGAAUUUCACUCCUACUAAUAAAACUUUCCUAUUUGAAUAGUCUUUAGAUAAUUGGUUUAUGCAGUCCAGUUCCUCAUUUCACUUUAAUUAUAAAAUAAUCUCAUGCAAACUGUGCAGGAGAUAGAUAGGGUUUCCCCAUAUGCAGCACUGAGACUGCCAUAAAUAUAGUGUUAUUUUGAACCUGUUUGCAUUCACAUACAUGUUGUUUUAACAGUUAAGCUGUAAUCUUGUAGCAAUAAAAAUGUACUAAGCAAUGGGAAAGUGAAAAAUCUUUUGACUACUCCUCAAGCACAAGUGAUAUUUCACUUCAUAACUCCUUCAAGUAUGUUACAAGGAUGCCUGGGUUGAGCCUAUAAUACUGCUAUUGAAGACAGGAGAGAAAAGAAAAACACCAAAACACCAACAACUAUGCCAAUUUUGUGACCAAAGAGGUUUGGGAUAGCAACAGUAAGUAUAAGAAUUUGGCUGUGUACCAGCCUUUUAAACUCUAGCAUUUAUUUUGCUUUAGGGCACUCAUAGGCAAAUAUGCUGGGAAUCUUAGUGAUAACUCCACAGAAUUAAUGAAAUAAUACUGUAUCUGAUUGAGUAUCCUGUAUCAUCAUUGCUCUCCUUUAGCUAGAACCAUACAAAUUAGCUUGAGGGCUCAAAAGGCAGCAGUGAUAUCUUGGGGGGGCUGCAUUGCUUAGCGCUAGGUGGUUUGCAAAUUUGAAAUCUGAAGAAAACUGACCUUGCGACAUUGCGCGACUUCUAAAAAAAAAAGAUAAAUUGCAGAAGAAAUUGGUUUUGUUCAUCGUAGUUCUGUAGCAAUUUGUGUCACUUGGAUUUUACUUCUUUUGUCAUUGUCUUUUGCCUUCAUUGUCUUUCCCUGAUGCCCAAUAAAUCUUUAAACCCUGAAGCUAAAA